AUGGAGGCUGCAAGGAAGACACCCCGCCAAUACAUCAGGUUCCCACACUUUGUCUCGGCAGAUCGACACCAGGAUCCCGUCCUCAAUGGCCCAGCACAUUUUCAAAAAAAACGUCAGGGAGUUUACCUGCCACGUCUUGAUGUGGUGAUUCGUGAUAAUCCACAACCAAGAUCUGAAAAUGCUCCUUCGGUCCACAAUAUUUGCUGGAAAGCACUUGCGGAUCAACCGAGUAUCGAUCUGCUACGCCAUCUAGGUCUCGCCAUGACGCCACUGGUUUGGACCGGGCUUCCACAGAGUAUCCACCAGCUCGCUCUGCCCGGCACAAUCGAACCGUUGUCGUUAGAAGUCGACCGGCGCGAUGGUGGAAAUACUGCAUUAUCUGAGCUGCUGGAGAGAUGUGGACGGCUCCCGGCUGAGCUUAUUGCAAUGAUCUGGGACUUGAUCCCUCCUUGUACUGUUCGCUGCUUGCUUGCGCUUUCGUCUGCCAAAAGUAUCUGGUCAACCCUGCCUCUUGUUGCGACGGGACGUAAAUUUGCGGCAUUCGCCAAGGGAACACGCUCUAUGGGCAUGAAAGCACCUCUUCUGUCAGCAUAUCGGUUCCCCAGUCUAUCGUGGCCUUCAUCUUUGUACUUGGAGCUUUCGGGCUUCGAAGGAUCAGUUUUCUCGCUGAAGGCGAAGCCCAUCCCGGGAGCAUAG